UCUCUCGAGCUGGAAUAAAGUGCGUAAUUACAAAAAUAUUAGAGAAAAAUGUUGAAAAACAUGUGGGAUGACCAGAAAAUUCUCACUUACGCUUCGUUAUUUAAAAAUCCCACACGAGGUUCGACACGAGGAACGUCUCGGACUCGAUCAGAAGCAUUUCAUGUCGAUUUUAAUGUAAACAAGGAGCCUCUUAGUCGCGGUUUGAUCCGAGGUCGUCGUAUUUUGGAUCGAAAUUGGAAGCCAGUAGUUCCAAAACCCCCAAAAAUUGACACAUCCAAUGAACCGACAGCCGAAAAGGAAGAAGAUUACUUCAAAUCUUACGAUAAAAUAACCAUCCAUCGUGAAAUGUUGCAGGAUACGGUCCGCACGGAAGCCUAUCAACGAGCAAUUAUGGAAAAUUCGAUGUAUUUCAAGGAUAAAAUUGUCAUGGAUGUCGGUUGUGGCACGGGAAUUCUCAGUUUAUUCGCUGCCAAGGCAGGAGCUGCUUUAGUAAUUGGCAUCGAUGCUUCCAACAUCAUCGAUUUGGCGCAAAAAGUGUUGGAUGAUCAACCGGCAGAUGUGGCAUCGCGCAUCGUCUUGGUCAAAUCAAAGGUCGAGGACAUCACGGAAUUGCCAAAGGGCAUUAAAUAUGUCGACAUUAUCGUCAGCGAGUGGAUGGGAUAUUGCCUGCUCUUCGAAUCGAUGCUCGAUACGGUCAUUUAUGCGCGAGAUAAAUGGUUGAAAAAGGGCGGACUGAUGUAUCCAGAUAAGGUGUCGUUGUACGUUGCCGGCAUGCAGGACAGAGAGCGACGCGAUCAGGAACGAUCUUGGUGGUACAAUGCGUAUGACUUUAAUUUAUCGGCGAUGCGCAAAUGGACGGACAAGACGGCAAUUGUUGAGCAAGUUGAUAAACGGAAAAUCGUAACGAAUCAUUGUUUGCUCAAAGAAUUCGAUUUGAACACAGUGCGAGUCAAAGAUUUGACUUUUAAGGCAUCCAUGAAGCUGGAUGUCGAAGCAGAGUGUGAAAUUCAAGCAAUUGUCGCUUAUUUUACGGCAGAAUUUAAUCAUUGUCACACACAAAUUUUAAUGACUACCACCAUGGACGAACGCUUAACGCACUGGAAACAAACAGUCUUUUACCUCAAGGAAAAUUUCAUCGUGAAGGAAAAUGACAAAGUCACGGGAGAAUUCAUUCUGCGACCCAACAAGUUCAAUCGUCGCAAACUUGACUUCCAAAUAAUCCUCAAUCACAUUGGCUACAACAAAACCUACUACACAAAGGAGAAUUUUGUCAUGUAUUGAGUUUCGUUCGUUUUUUCGUCGUUUCUAGAAAUAAAUCAAAGAAAAAAUUGCUGAGAUAUUUAUGAAAUAUCCGUAGAAAUAUGCUACCUACGCGAAAAAUGUCUGCUACAAAAUUGUUUGAAGCUAAAAUAAAAUAAAAA